GAGACGCGCGCGUGUUUGAUUGAAAGAAGAAGCAGAAGCAAAAAAAGAAUAAAAACAAAAGAAGCAAACAAAUAAACGUUACAGCAAAAAAAAAAAAAAAUCAAAAAUUAAGAAAAAUUUUUUCUAAAAAAAAAAUUCUUGUAUAAAAUUUCUGCUUGGUAAUGGGGUCUCUAGUGUUUCGUUACCUGCUCUUAUGUGUAUCGCGUGCAUUUAAUUAUGAAUGAACCAGCCCAAGCAUGACUUUGGGGCAGCCGCAAAAACAGAACCGGGCAAAACAACAACAACAACAACAACACAAUGUUCUGGUCUUUUGAUCGCCGUCUCUAGAUUACGGUUUUUUGUUCGUCUUUGGCCCACUACAACAAGAACACAAAAACUACCCAGCAACAACAACAACAACAAGACAAAAAGUGCAAACAGUGAACAAAAAAAAAAAAAAAUUUGCCAACUACAUGUUGCUGGCGUAAACCAUACCUGUUUGAAGGUUUUUUCGGUUUCCCCCCCUCCCCCCCAACCACACAAAUGCAAGUGGCCUAAACAUUUUAGAGGAUUCUUUUCAUGCAAAAACAGAAACAAACUCCCUCUAAAUUUGAAGCUCUAUAGGAAGACUUUAAACAAAAAACUAAAACGGGUGAACAUUUUUACGGAAAAAAAAACACUCACAAAAUCCCCAUUAGCCAGUAAUCAAGUGAAGAGUAAGAAACGAAAGGAAAAAACCAAAAUUGUUUUAAAGCAACUUUGUUGCAAGUGCAAUUUUCUGCUUAACAAAGUAAAGUAAAAGCUCCUAAAAAAAUAGAAAAAAAAAGAAAAAUCAACUGAAAAGUGUUUAAAAUAAGCAUUGCAGAAGAAAAGAGAAGAAGAAGAAGAAGCAAAAAACUUGGUACACUUUUCAAAGUUUUAAAAGUAAAGGGGAAAAAAAAACCAACCCUCCCCCCUUUACCUUCCAAAAGAAAAACAAGAGCAAGAAAAUUCAAAAAAAAAACGUCUAGAAAAACCUUGUGAAGCAGAAACCAAACCCUCUCGACUUGGUGUUGGUAAAAAAAAACGUCUUCAUAAAACUCGCAACAAAUUUUAAAUUACCUUAGCCAAAAGUCAAGCGUUUGACCUUUGUUUUGUCACUUUGAAAAUUUUUUUAGUUGGAUUAUUAUAAACCCUCGCGUUACAAACAUAAGAAAAUAAAACAAAAGUUAAGGAAACUCUUUUUUUUUCUCAACUACCCUUGAAGAGCGACAUCAGCAUUAGCAUCAACAUCAACAUUUUAAUAAAAAACACCGAACCUAACCUUCAUUUAUUGUGGAUUAAGACAGCAAAGAGGACAAAGUGAAAAAAAAACUCACAUUCAGCAAAGUUUAUCACAAAACACCAGCCGACAAAAAAGGCUUUCAAGGAAUAUUGGCAGCAAAACUGACAGUCAACACUCAAACUAAUGUCGAAUUGAAUCCAGUUUCAACAUAAGUCUUCAAUGCCGUAAAUUCUGACAAGCAAAAUCUGUCACACCGCUGUCUCAACUGGGGAGACUGGCACAGACGAAAAAGCGGAAAACAAAUUCCAACUUUUGUCCUCUCAUCAAUAAUAACAACAACAACAACAGCAACAACAACUGACAGCAAAAUUGAAAUGCCAACAACACUAAGAGCAAUGGAUGCGGCGGGGGCCACCACAGCAACAUCAUCCUCCUCAGCGUUGGCAGCAGCUGCGAGGGCAGCAUUAUCAACAGCAUAUCACUAUAACAAUACCAUAUUGCUGCCCUCGCUGGAGCAGCGGUUGCACACACCUCCCGCAACGUCAUCAUUAUCGCCCCUAGAUUCAACAGCGACAGCGACAGCAUCAUCCUCGUCCUCCUCCUCGUCGUCAUUAUCAAUAUUAGGUCCUGAAAUCAAUAGGUCUACUGGCUUAACCUCUAUAUCCCAUGUAGCUUCCGUGGUAGUUUCGAAUUUCCUGCCUUUAUCAACAGCAUCCUUAUCGCCGGGUGACGACUCCACGUCUGCUGAUGACACAAAAUACUUGGCGUCCUCCUAUAGCUCACUGUCAUCACCCGCCACCGCCACCGCCACCGCCGCCGCCGCGUCUUUAGCUGCAUCUGCAACGACAACAUCCUCUGGUGAUGCCUUGUCGUCAGCGUUGCCAUUGCCAUCAUCGUCGUCAUUGCCAUCAUCCGCAUCCGCAUCAGUAGCCGUAGCAUCCUCGUCGGAUUUCUUCCCAUCCUACAGUCCGCCGGUUGUGGAGAGUCUCGUUGCCAGCUCCGCCGAGGAUUUUAGCAAUAAUUUUCGGGAUCUAUCAUUUGAUAUUUUCGAUGACAAUGACAACGAUUUGUUCGGUUCGCCAAUGGCAUUCGAUGCCAGCGAAAAUGGUCUGUGGAAUGGGCGAUUUGUGCCGCCACCCCCUCGGCCACCAUUCUUUGUGGAUGAGCCCGUAUUGAGUGAUGGCUUGACAACAUGUGAUUUGUGCUCUUGGGCAAUGCCAACAAAAAGUACAUUUAUAUUUGAAGGCACAAUGGAAAAAGCAUCUGAGUUAGGCUGGCCCCUAACUUUGACAAUUGUUUCGAUAUUAUCAGCCAUUUUGGGAGCCAUUAUUAUGAUAGCCGUUGUGAAAUGCAGAAGAAAAAAGACCUCGCAUCAGCGCAGCGACACGCAUGUCCAGUGGUGGUCACGCAAUAAACGGCCGAAUGGCAAUAACAACCACCUGAGAAGGAGCAACAUAUACACUGCCCAUCCGGUGGAUAGCAUAAGGGGCCUGCAACAGCCCAAUUCCUUGUCAGCGUCAUCGUCCAUGACAGCCAUGACCACAGCAAUGGCGGUGGGCACAGCGCCACCCAAUGCGGCGGGAGCAGCAACAUUGCCCUUCUACCAUCACCAUCACCACCACCAUCACCAGCAGCAGCACGACGAUGAUGGGGUACAGCAACAGCAACAUGGCAUCUUUAGUUCGUAUGAGCCACACCAACACCAGCAGCAACAUCAUUCACAGCAUCACCUGGAGCAGCAAUAUCAUCAACAGGAGCAACAUUAUUUUGAACAUGAACAUGAAUACCAUCAACCUCAAGAGUUACAAUUGCAGCUGCAACAACAACGUCAGCCAACAACAACAACAACAACGGCAACGAUGAAUGGCACAACAGCCACAUCGACAUUGGCACAGCUAAAGCCUUCUACAACGUCUUCAUAUCACUCGCAUAACCAUGGCCAACCACAGCAGCAGCAGCAUCAGCAGCAACAGCAUUUGCAUCCGCAGCAUCAGCACCAGUAUAGCGGAGCGUCCAUGUCUUCGACAUCAACAUCGUCCAUGCCCUCAUUGUCGUGCAUGCCAUUGCAAAGGCAAAUUCCAGAACAACUACAUCUACAGACAACCGCCAGUCAACCGCAACAUGUUCUUCAUCAGCUGCAACAGCAACAUCCACUGCACCACCACCAUCAGCAGCAGCAGCAGCAUGAACAACAUGAGUUGCAGCAGAACCAUGAGGAACAUUCGCCAGAUUUACAUCAUGACAAUCUGUUCCACUGGCCUACUGCGACAUCACUCGUGACCAGCUGAAAUGAGCAGGCUGCCCAUGAAGCGGCUACAUGACAACAUCACCAAAACCAUCAUACUCACCACCACCAUCACCCUCAUCCACGUCAGCAGCAACAGCACCCGAAUCAGCGCCUGCACAAACAACACAAAACUCUUCCCAAGGAGGAUUACAAUGGCAUUCGCAACAGAGAUUUCACCAAUGAUAUGGCCUCCAAUGAAGCUGCUGUGGCCAUCAUAGACGCUCAUGAUUUAGUUGGGACAAGUGAUUUUAAAUGGGCACGAGCCAAAAAUUUGCAAACUCUAAAUAAUGACUGGAUUUGGCAGUGAAUAAUCCUACCGACCACCCCUCAUCCGUGAGCGAUGUACAGGUUUUGUGUUUUGUUUUUUUUUUUGUCCUCCUUCUCUAACCCAUAGAAAAACUAAUACCAACAUAAAUUUUUACUAAUUCAAAUUUAUUGUGAUUACGCUGCAUAUUUUAGGAGAGCGCGAAAAAAACACAGAUUAAAAACUCAUGUUUAUAGGGAAAUAAAACAAAAACUACAGGUGCAAUAAUUUAUAGGCUCAAUAAUUUAAAAAAUUUAUCGCAGUAAAUGAAAAUUGCAAGCAAGGACAUCAUUUUCCAGGGAAAUCGUUAAAAAUAAAUAUGUGGUCACACACACAUGCACGCACACACACUUUAAACGAGUUAUGAAGUGGAAAAUUUAAAUACAACGGAAAAAUAAAUAGUUCGGCUAGUUGGUUAAAUAAAAUUUAAAGAGAUACAAGAAAAAACUGCUUUAAAGAUUUUCUGUGAUUUUUUUAAUUUAAAGAAUCAGCAUUUAAUAAGGUUUGGCAUUCAUUCUUUUUCCAUAGGAAAAAAUUUUCUAUCAUUAAGCUCAUCUCGAAAGAGAAAUUAAGACACUUUUGGAUACCUUAGGAUAGGUGUACCACUUCUUGAUACCCAUUUUGGGAACAUAUACUUUGGGGACAUUCGCAAGUGAAUGAAUGUCCCCAAAGUAGGCUUCCCAAACUGAAUGAAUGUCCCCAAAGUAGGCUACCCAAACUGAAUGAAUGUCCCCAAAGUAGGCUUCCCAAACGGAAUGAAUGUCCUCAAAGUGGGCUUCCACAACUGAAUA